AUGAUUAGUAACAACAACAACAACAACAACAACAACAACAACAACAACAACAACAACAACAACAACAACAACAGUUCCGCAUCAAGUGGUAGAGUUUCCAAAAAACGCACCAAUACACGUCCUUGUGAUGCUUGUGCUGUUAGAAGGGUUCGUUGUGAUGUUGCUACUAGUAAAUCAGGAAGGUGUACAAAUUGUGUUAACCAUGAUUUGGAAUGUACAAAUAUUAGAGUCCGUCAUAAAUCUGGUCCAAAAAGAAUCCAGCAAAAGACUAGAGAUAAUAUUUUUAGUCCAAACUUGGCAUCAACCAACAACCAGAAUUUGAUAACUUGCAAUAUACCAUUGGACAAAUUACUACCUUACCUUCAAAUUUAUCAAACUUGGUAUUAUGGUUUGUGGCCAGUUCUUUCAGUUGCACAUCUUGUUUCCAAAAUCAUUGAUAAUAGUGUCACAGGUCAACAAUCAUCUGAUGGGAAAAUCGUUUUGGAUGAAAGAAAUGCCAUACCUUAUACGUUAUGUUGUGCAGUUUGUGCAACUAUAUCCGUACAAGUAAAAUUUUUGAAAUCAGCUGCUGGUGUCAUCAAUGUUGAAAAUGCUCUAAGUGCUGAAGAAUAUGUUCAAGAAGCUAAGAGAAUUAGAUUUUUGUUUGAAGAUAGAAUAGAUCCAUCUAUUGAUACAUUGCUUUCAAGUUUCUUUUUGCAUAUGUAUUAUGGAAACGUCCCAGGUGGAAGUAAGCGUGGUAUUGUCUACUUGAGAGAAGCUAUCUCGAUGGCUCAAAUGUUGGGUUUGCAUGACCCAGAAUCUUAUCAAGGAAAAUCAGGUGCUGAAGUUCAUAGAUGGAAAAAAAUAUAUUAUAUGUUAUUGGUAACGGAAAGAUAUACUUGUUUUCAAGAAAAACUACCUGUCUUGCUGGAUCCAACAGUUGAUAUGCCAUCUUUACAAGAUGAAGAAUAUCCAGAAUUACUUUUAGGGUUUACUGAAUUGGUUGAUGUUUUUGCAGCUACUGAAAAACAAUUUUUCCAUGAAAUCAAUCACAAACUAUUAUUAUCUGACUCUGAUAACGAUAAAAUUGAUGCUGAUCUGUCAAUGUUUCAAGAUUUCUUACAAAAUCAAUCUACUGAUAUGAAAAGACAAUGGAUUGGACAAAUGCAAACUAAGCUGAACAAGAAGUUUGAGCAAAAUAGAAUUUCUAAUGAUUCUCAAAAAUUGAAUAUUGUCCUGUCAAAGUCUUGGUUUCAAAGUCUUGGUUGGUUAAUAUCAUCAGAAAACUACUUGAUCAAUCAAAAUGAAUCAAUGGAGAGCUGCUUUAGUGCUAAAUUCCCAUUAAAGAUUGCCCAUGACUUCCUUACUGAAACAAAAGACUUGCCAGUAUUUGCAUUUGAAUCAAAUGGUGCACCAGGUGUAUGUAAUAAACUGUUGGAAAUCGCGGACUCCUUAUACUCUUUUUCAAUAAUGUCACCGCACCAACCAGAAUCAACAAUGGCAUUUGAUCAAUUAAAUACAAUUUUCCAGAUGAUUGUCAAAUUCAGAAGCUCUGAAGUUCAACUACCGAAAAAACUAUUCAGCAAAAUUGAAAAUUUGAUUGAAGCUAAAAGAAUAACAUUUAGACAACCUGAUCCAUUAGAUUUACUUUUAGAUACGAAUGAAAUUAACGAUGAACAAACUCAAACAAAUGAAUCAUCAUUGAACCCAAGAAAUGAUCCAAUCAUCAAUGAUGACAUGAAAAACAGCUUAUCACCUUAUACUCAAUUUACAAUGUGUUAUUAUAUACCUUCCCCUAAUUCCUCAAAUGCUGUUCAAUCCAGUCAAAUAACAGAGCUGUGA